AUGUGUUGCAUCAUUAUUUGGCACCACUACUGCAACCCGAGCAUCUUCGCCCAGCUUGCGUACUGCUCGGUCACGUUCUUCGUCUUCUUCUCAGGCUUCGUGACCCAGUACGCUUAUGCAGACAAGAUGUCCGGUGUCAAAGCACACCUGCUCUCCUUCUACUUGCGGCGAAUCGCCCGAGUUCUCCCGAUGUACUACAGUAUCCACUUCCUGGUGCUGGUCUUUUCUGGCAAGUCUUUGGCAACUGACUUCCAGGACUCGGUAUUGAUGUUCUGUACAUGGCACGGAUCGUCACCUGCCACGAAUUUCCCUGCCUGGACUGUUUGCGCAUUGGUGUGGUGUUGGCUGUUUGCGCCACUCCCAUCGCGGAUCCUUUUCUUGAUGCGACAGCGUUUGGGGAGCAGUGCAAAGUACUCACUGGCCCUCUGGAUGUGUCUGCUCACUCUCGGCUUCUGCAACGAGGUGUGGUCUCGCGUUGCAUACCAGCAAGAUGAAGACAUGGACUUGGACUAUUGGUUCUACGAGACGAAACACAAUGUGUUCGUCUUCUGCUUGGGGAUGGGCAUCUCAGAGGUGGCACAACACAUGCCUGAUGCCUCCCAUCUUUCCUGGGUUUGGCCCAUCUGCUGUGACGUGACCUUGCUACUGACCCUCGGCUUCACUGCUUCGUGGGAACGGCUAUUUCCGUCCUGGGGCUGCAGCUACUGGAGUGGUGCUUUUGCACCCGUGGCUGUGUGGGUCUUGACAUCCACUUUGGGCCACCAGUCCAUCUUGAACCGAAUCUGCAGUCACGGAAUUCUCCAGACGUUGGGGGACUACUCCAUGCAGAUCUACCUGCUGGCCAAUCCGCUGCAUGACUUGCUCAGCCAAGAUGUUGAGCCGAUCCUACUCUAUGCAUUCGUCAUCACGGCGGCUGUUGCCUCAGCGGAUCUCGCAGAGCGCCCCUGGUCAGAGUUCCUCAAAAAGUCCACCGACGAAAUGCAACGUAGAAGUGCAGGUUCCAGCAUGGGCUUUGACGACGGCAUCCUGCUGGCCGAGAGCACAAAGUAA